AUGCCGUACCACCAAGGUGACCUCGCUAUUCUCAGCGCCGAGGUUUACCAUGACGGCGCUGCAUUCGGCUCACCGAGUCGAUUAACCGCGAUCAGCAAGACACAAGCAUCCACGUCGCCAUCUGAACGAUUGGAUGAUGCCCCCAGAAAACGGGCAAGGACGCAGGCUGCAGAGAGUGCCGAGCUGGAGGCGGAGAAGAAGAGGGCAAGGGGCCGCCCGCGUCUACACACCAAGGAUGAGACGGCCGCUGAUCGGCGGAGGACCCAGAUUCGGCUCGCACAGCGGGCCUACCGGAAUCGGAAGGAGAAUGCAAUCCAAACACUGGAGAAGAGAGUACAGGAGCUCAAGGACACGAACGAGGAGAUGAGCAAUGCCUUCAUGCAGCUCCACGACUUCGCCAUGAGCAUCGGCCUCCUGGACAAGACCCCGGAGUUUGGCCGCCAGCUGCGCAAAACAACCGAGAGAUUCCUGUCAUUAGCCCGCGACGCAAGCGAUGACGACGCAAAAGAAGGCGAGCUCAAGGGCAGUGGCGCUAGCAACCGGAUCGGCAGCAGGUCGCGCAGCGAUCGUGCCCGUUCAGACUCUCCAGCUCAUGCCGGCAGCAAUACAGCCGCAACCGCCACAACCACAACCCCCGAGACGGUCGACGAGAGACCCAAACCCACCUGGGGCGGCCUGAUGGUCUCGUACGAACCCGGCUACACCGCCGCCAUCCCCACUAGCACCACAACACUCGCCCAACCGCCCGUGUCAACCUCCUCCUUCGGCUACGAAGUCGUAACCCACCCGACCGUCGACAACGCAAGCUUCCCCUUCCAGCCCGCCCCGGGAGGCUUCAACAUCCCAUCGGGCCUCUCCCCUGCCACCGCCUCCCCCUUCUCCCUGUCCCCGUCCCCGCUCCCCUCCACCGCCCUGCCCACCCCGCACAGCCACGCGCCCUUGGAGAGCACCUUCGGCCGGCGGCUGCACCGGUACACGCAGGAGCGCGCGCUCGUGCUGCUCUCGAUGCCGAGCCCGCCGCCGGCGCUGGUCUCGCGCGUCUUCGGCUUCUGCCUGCUGAUGGAGUCGCCCGCCACCAUCAAGCGCCGCCUGCUGCGCAUGCUGGGCCACGACGCCCACCAGUCGCUGCACAACUGGUCGUAUCCCUUCUUCCACCUGGGCGGUGCCGGCACGCAUUUUGAUGCGGAAUCGGCGGCCACAGCCGCCGGCGGGCAGCGCUUCGGCAACCAGGGCACCCGCGACGUGCUCAAGCCCGGCGUCACCGCCGGGUUCGGCGCCGGGCCGUUCUCCGCCGAGGUCAAUGCCGUGCGGGACGGCAAGAUGGAUAGGAACAUGCGCAUGGCGCUGCCCGAGUUUGCCGGCGAGUACUUCGACUCGGACGAGACUGAGAUGUAUAUGCUUCAGAGGGGUGUGGUGAUUCCGGCUGGGGCGGACUUCGUCCCCGUCGAUGUGGAUGAGAGUCUGUUUGGCGGCGGCGAAGGCGACGGCGAGGGGCAGGCGCCAGCGCCCGGACAGGACCGCGAUGGCUCGCCCGCGACGUCGGCAUCUUCAAACUCGUCGUCGUCGUCAUCGUCGUCGUCCAGAUCCCCCACGUCGAGCUCGGGGAGCGGCGCGGCGGCGGGGACGGCGGCGUGGCAGAACGUGGUCGACCCUUCGCUGGCUGACGUCUUUGCGCAGGCGGAUCCGUUCGCGCAGGUGGCGAGCAUGCCCGGGGCUUCGUCAGCCGCUGCCUUCGCCGCGACGGCGUCCGACGGGGAUAACAUGCUGCCAUUCGGCCUGAUGCCGGACGGGAGCGGCAGCGACGGGUUUGGCAUGGGCGCGGCUGCGCGGAGCCCGAGACGGCGACGACUGGUUCUUGAUGUCCAGACCUUCGUGGAAGAACUGACGAAACGAGCCGUCUGUUUGGGGCGGGCGCCCGGUUUCAGAGAGAAGGAUAUCAAGGCCGCGUUCCGGGCAUCCGUCCAGGUCGGUAUGGAGUAG